AUGGCGGCCCGCAAGCGCGCCCGCACCGGCGGCGGCGUCGGUGAGGACGAGCCCGUGCCGGUCGCGGAUGGCUUCGAGGCGCCCAUCUUUGGCGCGCGCGUCGUCGGCCAGGUCGCCACGCUGGCGCUCGAGGGCGAGGACGGCCCUCUAUCACUCGGGACGGUUGGCGUUGCGAGCGACCACGCGGGCGCCUGGUUCGUCUCGACCAAGGACUCGCUGCAGCAGGUCUCGGCGGCCGGGCGCGUGCGCCGCGUAGCAGCCUUGCCGGCAAGUGAAGUCAACAGCAUUGCUGCCAGCCCAGACGGGAGCGCAGCGUUUGUGGCGACGGGCGAGAUGGCCACGCUAGCGGGCAGCGGCGAGGAGGGCGACGCGGAUGGCGCGGGCGACGCGGCGGAGUUCUACAACCCAUCUGGCGUCGCCAUAAGCCGCGACGGCGGCACGCUGUUUGUGGCGGACUUCAGCAACAACAAGAUCCGGCGGGUGGAGGUGACGACGGGCGCGGUGACGACGAUCGCGGGCAGCGGCAUAAAGGGCAGCGCUGAUGGCUUGGGCGACGCGGCGCAGUUCUGCUGUCCAGCUGGCAUCGCCAUCAGCCCAGACGGCGGCGCGCUGUUUGUGGCAGACCAAGGCAACCACAAGAUCCGGCGGGUUGCGGUGGCGACGGGAGAGGUGACCACGAUCGCGGGCAGCGGCGAGGGUGGCGACGCGGACGGCGUGGGCGACGCGGCAGAGUUCUGCUACCCAAAUGGCAUCGCCAUCAGCCCAGACGGCAGCGCGCUGUUUGUGGCGGACUAUAGCAACCACAAGAUCCGGCAGGUCGAGGUGGCGACUGGCGAGGUGACGACCCUCGCGGGCAGCGGCACAGAGGGCAGCGCUGACGGCGUGGGCGACGCGGCGCAGUUCGACGGCCCAGAUGGAGUCGCCCUCAGCCCGGACGGCAGCACGCUGUUGGUCGGUUCGGACGGUGGCCUCCGCCAGGUCUGCGUGGCGGCGCCUCCUCCGCCUCCCUCCUUUGCCCCGAUCGUCGUUCCGCCUUCGACCCUUGCAGCCGACUUCGCAACGACGCGGGGCGACGCCUCCCUGCCAGAGGGGAAAGUCACCUUCCUGGUCGGCGACGACGAGGAGCGCAUCGAGAACGUGAGCAAGAACAACCUCUGCGCCCGGUCCCCGGUCUUUCGGACCAUGUUUGGCAUCGGCAUGAAGGAGCGCGACGCCGCCGAGGUCACGGUGUCCCACACCGACCUCGCCAGCUUCACCGCCCUCGUCGACUACCUCCUCUCCGACAAGUUCGACCUCGGCGAGGAGGAGGGCGGCAGGGCGCAGCGCGCGCUCGACCUGCGGGAGCUGGCGCAGAUGUACCAGGUGCCGCGCCUCGAGCUGCUCUGCGCGCAGGCGCUGCAGGAGAGCGUCGCGCUGGCGACCGCCGUGCCGCUGCUCGAGGCGGCGCACACGACGGGCGACGGGCGGCUCCUCGCGCAGUGCCGCCGCUUCGUGGCCGACCACGCCGCCGAGGUGCGGGCGAGCGGCGGCGUGGAGCAGCUGCGCGACUUGGGCGUGGCCAAGGGGCUGCUCGGCGACGCGCUCGACCAGGUGGCGGAGCUUAAGAAGGGGGCACUGCGCGCGGCAGCGGACUGA